AUGCCAAAGCUCAAGGUCUGCCGACCGUCUAACGGAGGCGUCGGAACGCCACCCUGCGAACACACAGAGCGAACUGCGGUAAGUAAGCUGCCAAGUAAAAAGUUUAGCUAGCUGCUAACCGUAAGGGCAAGGGCAACGCAAACUGACAGUUCGACCAUCGGUUUCGAUGAUGUCCACCGUGUGCUCCAAAGUUGCAGCAGCAAUGGGAGCAGGGACGGUGACUUACGCAGGGGUUUAUAGUGCCGGUAGACUUGCGUAGCAUCUACCUACACUCUCUCCUCCUCCCUCGCCCGAGCCCGGUGUCAAGACAGAGUCAAGAAGACCGGAGACGAGGGGGGCCGCAGGUGGAUGGCUCGGACGGAUCCUCACCUUGGCGUUCCACCACACCCCCUGGUCCACACAAAACGCAACGCAACCUAAGCAAGGGUAGGUAUGCAGGUUAACCGAGCAGGUGGUGGGGAUCGCAAGAAAACUGGGGGGGGGGAGACCAGAAAGAACCGAAGAAGAGUACCUACUGUAUGAAAAGUGAUUAGAACAUUUCGUAACGUCAACCAAAGCGGGCUGUAAAGCAUUCUGAACUAUUGGUUACACUCAUCGACUUGGAUAAAAAUCACACGGCUGGAUGAGAUACAAAGACUAGUAAACUAAAAUUCUCCCCUCCUAUAAAACACACACAAGAAAAGUGGACGUACGGGCCUAGGAUCGAAGGCGACCUCAAACAGUAGGGCGACCUGCGGUAGGUCAGGGCGUGGCGGUAAAGGAAAUGAUCUUGACAGCACGUGAAGUUAACACCCAAGGGCUAAAGAAGCCCUAAACACUAACCGUAAACCUAAACCCCAACCCUAAACCUAACCUUAAUCCUAAACCCCACGCCUAAACGUAAACAAUGAACCCUAACCAUAAUCAUAAAUCCCAAUCCUAAACCCUAACCCCGAACACUAACCCUAGACCCGAAUUCUAAAGCCUAACCACAAAACAUAAAACAUUACCCGAAACCCGAAUCCUAAACCCUAAAACCUAACCCUAAACCCUAGCCGCAAACCUUGAUCCUAAACCCUAACCCUAACUCUAAGCCCGAACCCCAAACCCUAAACCUGACCCCAAACCCUAAUCCUAAACCCUAACCCCAGAACCUUAUGACGAAAUCACGUCUACUUAAGAGCAUGUAGAUAGGUCAAACAUUUGUAUUAUUUUUUCCAGAUGGAGCUACCAAACCAUGUCUUACUUUUUUCUGCCAAAAAGGCUUCACCUCGUGAAUUUCAAAGUUGUAUGGUAACAAUCUUAAGUUCUCUUCGGUCUCACCGACCACAAGAGGAAUGAUUGUAACUGCUUGGUUUAUGCGAUCGAUCGGCGAGCAGAGAGCUCUUAGUCAUUUCUGACACAAUUAGGGCUCGUAUUAGGUCUCUCCUCCAAUGGACUACUACCCUACUUCAUAAGGAACACCAAGGUAGCUCAGUCUUGCUUUCGUUCGUUCACGUGCCUCGGAGGACGGGCUUUUCUUCCUAAUAUCUCCGUGAUUCAUCCACAUUUCGCAUAAUCCAACACUGUAAGGCUUGGACACACAGAAAGCCAUCGGAGCUUCUAUUCCAGGAGUUCUUUCCUAAACUGCCAGCUCAGUGCAUUCCGUUCAUUAUGGUGACGCCUCUGGACUGUCCUUCAAUUCGAUAAUGCUAGCAGUACGACCGAUAAUGCCACUAGCAAUAGGAACCUUAAUCAUUACCUUCGGUAGUUGAUGUUUUGACGAAUUUGAAUGAUUCAUUUGACCCAAUUGGGAAAAACUCGGCGACCUCGGUGGGAUUCGAACCCACGACAGCAGGGUAAGGGCUUGAGUACAACCAACCACCUACACUGGAUAGGGAAGAGAAGGUGGGACCGACACAGGAGAAUCCACUCUAACGACACAUCAGCGCAUUCUCCACAACAAAAUAUCUGAAGUCCUUGAAUCUAUCCCGACGCUCCAAGGGUCGUUUAUUGGAAGUUUACCCACUGACGUGUUAACUCGGAGCUUCUCAAGACAAAGGGUCAGGCUGAAAUGGCCCCUUCCCAAUGUGGCCUUAAUGGCCCUCCCAGCUAUGUGAGACCGGAGCCACCCCUUACAUAGAUCGGAGCUAUCUCUACGGGGUUGUCCAAGCCGGCCAAUCAUUUUGAAGACCGACUUAGGCGUGCUUUCGUUCAAGGCGCUGUCACGCAUUCCCCACUGCAACUCGGGACACCGAUUCCACGGCGCCAGACUUGUUCUCACCCGGCUGCCAACUUAUUCCAGCCUGUUCUCCAAUGCUUCCCUAAAGAAUACAGUAUCUUUUCAACUGGCAUCAAAUACCGCUUGCGGAUGUGAGGCUUUUAGUGGCUAGGGCCUUCGUAUGGCUUAAACUACCGCGACAAGUCUAUCCGGAUCUCUGCCGACACCCCUCCCCCCAGUGGUGCGUAUGCUUAACUUCUGUCUAGUGUCCAAUGCGAUUCUGGCAAUAAAAUCAAGCGCAUGUAACCUGACCCGAGUCUGAACGCAUUCGCUAUUGAACUGGGUAGUCUGAGACAUUUGUUUCGGGCCGUGGGGUCGGGAAUUCACAUUCCAGUUGGUGCAGGCAAAGCCUCCGUGCUAUCGACACACGAGGUCCUAUUGGUAAUCGAUAAUGCCGUUACAACAGCCAUCUAUGCCUACUUCCUCUGUAUGAAAGUAGAUGUCGAAUCCGUGAGUGCUGAUUGACCAACCAUGACACUAAAUCUGUGAUGAAUCAGGCGUGUCCGACUUUGGAAAAACCGAAAUCCACUAACGUAAAGAUGCUGCCUCAAAAGUCCUGUCUGGAUGGGGAUGUCUCUAAAUUCAAGGUCUCGGAGGAGGUAAUGCAAAGAGGACAGAGACGACAAGACAGAUUCAUCAGUUUUGAGGUAUCCCGUAACCCUAACGUCCUAGCCACCAAAAAUACUAAUGUAUGAGCUAUUUGAUCUUGUGGCACUUUCUGUAGGACUUUCUGCAACGGACAAGUCGACGAACAAACAGAACACGAUCACCAUCACGAAUGACAAGGGUCGCCUGCCGAAGGAGGAGAUAGAGAGGAUGGUGAAUGAUACUGAGAAGUUCCGAGCGGAGGAUGUGGGCCAGCGUGAAGGAAUUUCGGCGAAGAAUGCGCUGGAGAGUUAUGCGUUCUCGAUGAAGUCGACAGUGGAGGAGGAGGAGAAGGUGAAGGAGAAGAUACCGGAAGAGGAUAGGAAGAAGAUAGUUGAGAAGUGUGAGAAGACGAUCAAGUGGUUGUAUGGGAACCAGCAGGCAGAUAAGGAGGAGUAUGAGCACCGGCAGAAGGAGUUGGAGUCGGUGUGCAAUCCGAUCAUAACGAAGAUGUACCAAGCCGGUGGUAUAUGCCUGGAGCUGGUGCCGGCAGCAGAGGUCCAAGCAUCGAAAAGGUCGAGUGAGCAUGACUACUUUAUUAUCUGUUAUGAAAUAGAUGGUUUAUUUCAUUGUGCUUCCGUCGGCAUGUUUUGGGUGCCGGUGGGUUUGUGGCGUUUUUGUAAGUACAGUUGUGUGGCGGAAUUCGGACUUCGAGAUCCUUUUGCCGAUGUCUGCUGUCUAGAAGGACGCCGGGGUUUUGGCUGGCGCCGAUCUCGGUUGGCUCUGAUGGAGUAUGGCAUGCACAGCAGGGUACUGUUGUAG